AUGAAGGAGCAGCCCUCAUGUGCGGGCACCGGGCAUCCGAGCAUGGCGGGGUACGGCAGGAUGGCCCCCUUUGAACUCGCUGGCAGCCCCGUGAAGCGCUUGAGAACUGAGCCCCCCUUUCCCUAUCUCUUCGCAGAGGAGGCCUACCAGAAACUGGCCAGCGAGACCCUGGAGGAGCUGGACUGGUGUCUGGACCAGCUAGAGACCCUGCAGACCAGGCACUCCGUCAGUGAGAUGGCCUCCAACAAGUUUAAAAGGAUGCUUAAUCGGGAGCUCACCCAUCUCUCUGAAAUGAGUAGAUCUGGAAAUCAAGUGUCGGAGUAUAUAUCAAACACAUUCUUAGAUAAGCAGCAUGAAGUGGAAAUUCCUUCUCCAACUCAGAAGGAAAAGGAGAAAAAGAAAAGGCCAAUGUCUCAGAUUAGUGGAGUCAAGAAGUUGAUGCACAGUUCCAGUUUGACUAAUUCAAGCAUCCCGAGGUUUGGGGUUAAAACUGAACAAGAAGACGUCCUUGCCAAGGAACUAGAAGAGGUGAACAAAUGGGGUCUUCACGUCUUUAGGGUAGCAGAGCUGUCUGGUAACCGGCCUCUGACUGUUAUCAUGCACACCAUCUUUCAGGAACGGGAUUUAUUGAAAACAUUUAAAAUUCCAGUAGACACUUUAGUUACAUACCUUAUGACCCUGGAAGACCAUUACCACGCGGACGUGGCCUACCACAACAAUAUUCAUGCUGCAGACGUGGUCCAGUCAACACAUGUGCUGUUAUCUACACCUGCUUUGGAGGCUGUGUUUACAGAUUUGGAGAUUCUUGCAGCAAUUUUUGCCAGUGCAAUACAUGAUGUAGAUCAUCCUGGUGUGUCCAAUCAGUUUCUGAUCAAUACAAAUUCUGAACUUGCCUUGAUGUACAAUGAUUCUUCUGUCUUGGAGAACCAUCAUUUGGCCGUGGGCUUUAAGUUGCUUCAAGAAGAAAACUGUGACAUUUUCCAGAAUUUGACCAAAAAGCAAAGACAAUCAUUAAGAAAAAUGGUCAUUGACAUUGUACUUGCAACAGACAUGUCAAAACACAUGAAUCUACUGGCUGAUUUGAAAACUAUGGUUGAAACUAAGAAAGUGACCAGUUCUGGAGUUCUUCUUCUUGAUAAUUAUUCUGACAGAAUUCAGGUCCUCCAGAAUAUGGUGCACUGUGCGGACCUGAGCAACCCGACAAAGCCGCUGCAGCUGUACCGCCAGUGGACGGACCGCAUAAUGGAGGAGUUCUUCCGCCAAGGAGACCGCGAGAGGGAGCGGGGCAUGGAGAUAAGUCCCAUGUGUGACAAGCACAAUGCAUCUGUGGAGAAAUCACAGGUGGGCUUCAUAGACUAUAUUGUUCAUCCUCUCUGGGAGACAUGGGCAGACCUUGUCCAUCCUGAUGCCCAGGACAUUUUGGACACUUUGGAGGACAAUCGUGAAUGGUACCAGAGCACAAUUCCUCAGAGCCCCUCCCCAGCACCUGAUGACCAGGAGGAGGGCCGGCAGGGUCAGACUGAGAAGUUCCAGUUUGAACUCACUUUAGAGGAGGAUGGCGAGUCCGACACUGAAAAGGACAGUGGAAGUCAAGUAGAAGAAGACACUAGCUGCAGUGACUCCAAGACUCUCUGCACUCAAGACUCGGAGUCGACCGAGAUCCCCCUUGAUGAACAGGUCGAAGAAGAAGCAGUAGGGGAAGAGGAGGAAAGCCAGCCCGAAGCCUGUGUCAUCGAUGAUCAUUCUCCUGACACGUAACAGUGCAAACGACUUUCAUGUCUUUUUUUUUUUUCAGUAGAAAAAAUUGUUUCCAAAGUGCAUGUCACAUGCCACAACCAUGGUCACACCUCACUGUCAUCUGCCAGGACGUUUGUUGAACAAAACUGACCUUGACUACUCAGUCUGGAGCUCAGGAAUAUUGUAACCAGUUUUUUCACCUCCAUGUCAUCAGACCGAGGGGGACAUCUUCACGAACAGCAUUUUAACAAGAUUUCUGCUUGGUAGAGCUGACAAAGCAGAGAAAAACCAAUUCCAAAAUAUUUCCAAGGGAGUGUGGCUCAUCAGGCAGCCCAGAAGUUGAUAUGACUUGGGGUUUCUUUUCUUUUUAUUUGUUUGCAAUAUUUUCAGCAGAAAGAAGGUAUUACACAGACAGAGUGAACUAGUGGAUGAAACAACAAAUGGGUCAGGAACAGGACACGGCGUGAAUCUGUUACCAGGAGGAAGAUGAGCCACAGAAAUUGCAUAAUUUUCUAAUUUCAAGUCUUCCUGAUACAUGACUGAAUAGUGUGGUUCAGUGAGCUGCACUGACCUCUAUAUUUUGUAUGAUAUGUAAAACAGAAUUUUUGUAGAGCUUACUUUUAUUAUUAAAUGUAUUGAAGUAUUAUAUUUAAAAAAAACUAUGUUCAGAACUUCAUCUGCCACUGGUUAUUUUUUUCUAAGGAGUAACUUGCAAGUUUUCAGUACCAAUCUGUGCUACACUGGAUAAAUCUAAUUUACGAAUUUUACUUGCACCUUAUAGUUCAUAGCAAUUAACUGAUUUGUAGUGAUUCCUUGUUUUAUAUACCAAUGACUUCCAUAUUUUAAAACAAAGACAAAUUUUAUGUUGCAGGAAACUUUUUGUAGGUCUUCAUUUACUUUUUUUGUUUCAUUCUUUUCAGGUAAGCAGAGUUGCUCUUUACUGUUUUUCUUCAUGGUGUGCAAAGUGAAUAUUUGUUCAGUAAUACUUUGAUGUGCGUUUUUUCUAAUGUGUCUUAAGCCUCAUGGACACGCAAUCAUCCGUUGGUGUUGUCUGAAGCAAGUGAGAGAUAUAUAUAAAUACCCAGUAGCUAAAAUGGUCAGUCUUUUUUAGAUAUUUUCCUACGUAGUGUCUUCUGAUAACUUUUUGCUAUGUCAGUAGACCCUCAUUUCACAAGUGCAUGUCUUUGUAAUUACCCACAUAAGUCAUGCUCAUUUUUAUCGUUUUCACAGUCAUUGUAUGAAAAACUUUUGCCCCUUGUGCUGCUCUAUCAUUUAGCGUGUUUGUCCACCUUCACUAGAUAGGGUCUUAUCAUUGCCAUUUUGAUUGAUGGAAAAAAAACAGAUAGUCAAGGUAGGGUUAGCAUUCAUUUCUACUGUGAGGUCAUGUAGAAUGACUAGCUUUUACUCUUGAUUUACAGAGAAAAGUUAACAGCUAGUUAGGCAGUUUUAACAAUAUUAGAAUAUAUUAACAAACACCAGUACAACUAAUGUGCGUUUGUUUCCAUGAUUUUACCAUGGGAGUAAGAACUAUAUAAGGAAUAUUCUGGAGAAGUGAUUUUAAAUGUAGCAACUACCCUUCCUUAAUGGACAAGUAAUAUGUAGAAGUUGCUUUUUUAGUUAUCAUUGGUUCAUCAGUGCGUUUUGUAGAGGAGAACUUCUUUAAAUAUCCUGAGGGAAAGCCAUUCAUGAUGCCGCUGGCACCAGUGGUUUGCUAAUAUAAUGCCCUCCUGAAAUAAUGGGUUGGGUAAAAAGAUUCUGCUGAAAUAAAGAAAGAGAGCACUUUUGACUGAAUUUGGCACCAAGAACUAUUGUAAUUUUAGAGAUUAAUUUCCAGUAUUUGUCAUCAGUUGGCAUCUCGGGGCAUUUAUUUACUUUGGACUUUUUUCCCAUUGUAACUCUUCACAAAGUGUGUAUCUUUUCUGCGAAAAGAUUGGAACCCAAAUAAUCAUUUUCAAAUUGAUACCUAAGAAUUGACAUAGAACUAAAGGGGGUGUCUGACUAAAUGGAAAAUAAACAGUUAAGGAAAAGCGUAACCCUGAAAAACAUUGAUAUUUGGGAAGGCAGGGAGCCUUCUGGGGAUGAAUAACAAAGUCGUCAGCCAGGAAAAUGAUCCACGCUGAAGAUAGCUCCUGCUUUAAUCUCCUGAGAUCCCCUGAUGGAAAACUUGUGUAGUUCCGAUCUUUUACACAGAGCAGAAAAGGAAUCAACUGAUUCUUAACGAUCAGAUCUCCACCCUCCUUUCCCUGUAAAGAUCAGACAGUAACCUUUGAGACAAAGUCCUAUAUUUGUCCAAAUAGUUUCACAAGAACACUUGGAAACUUGUUUUAAUUUAAUUUAUCCCUGAUGGAGGUCUAGAAGAAAUGACAAAGAAUCUAGGGUUUAUUCCUUUUUCCAAAAUAGUCUCAUUCCCUCCUCUCCCUAAUACUUGGUAUUUUCCCCACAGAGUGCCUAGAAUCUUAAUAAUGAAAAAAAUAAAUAAAGCAGCAAUAUGUCACAAACAAAUCCAGACCUGAAAGGGUUUAUAACUGCACUAAAAAGAGAGGCUUUUUUCCCCCGUUUGUUGGGUGUUAAUGGUCACAUGUUGUGAGGGUACCCACUGAUUGACAAUCAAAUUGUAGAAAGUGCGUACUAUCCAAGAGACAGGGACUAAUGCACUGUACGAUCUGCUGAUCCUCUCCCUCCCUCCUCCUUUUUCUCCUUCUCUCUUGCCCAAGUGUGCUUCAGUAUCAUACACCGCUUUAAAAAUAACAUCCUUUCACAAGUGGCUUUACAUUUCCUAAAAUGCCAUAAGAAAAUGCAAUACCUGGGUACUGUAUGGGGAAAAGAUGUCCAAGUUUGCAUAUAACCAGUACAUUUCAGCUUGCAAGUUACUAAACAUAGUAAUGCUGUUUUGAUUUUAUUUUCUUUUACAUCACUUAAAAUUCACAAGAAAAUAAUGUAGAUAGAACAAAUUGCAGAUAAGGAAAAAAAAACUUGAAUGAAAUGGAUUUCACAGAAAGCUUUAUGAUAAUUUUUGAAUGCAUUAUUUAUUUUUUUGUGCCAUGCAUUUUUUUUUCUCACCAAAUGACCUUACCUGUAAUACAGUCUUGUUUGUCUGUUUACAACCAUGUAUUUAUUGUAAUGUACAUAUUGUAAUGUUAAUUGUAAAUUAUCAGUUCUUAUUAAAACAUCAUCCCAUGAUGGGAUGGUGUUGAUAUAUUUGGAAACUCUUGGUGAGAGAAUGAAUGGUGUGUAUACAUACUCCUUGUACAUUUUUUUUCUCCUGUAAUAUAGUCUUGUCACCUUAGAGCUUGUUUAUGGAAAAUUCAAGAAAAAACUAUAAAAUACAUAAAGAUAUAUAAGUUUAAAAAAAACAUAGCUGCAGGUCUUUGGUCCCAGGGCUGUGCCUUAACUUUAACCAGUAUUUUCUUCUGUUUUGCUGCAUUUGAAAGUAAGGUUAUGGUGGGGCUAGGGCUGGGCAUUCCACAUCCGAACUUUGAAUCAAUUGGUUUUCUGGCAGUAGCUGGAUUUUACAAAACCACAGACCACCUCUGGAAGAUUCUGAGACCCUUUUGAGAUACAAGCUUAAGGACUUCUUGCCAUGAAGCAGCAUUGCUUAUAUGGUAAUGGUUUUCCCCAUCUGUUGAUCAGGAGCUACUUGAGUUAGCCACACUUGUUUUCUACUUUCAAACACUACUGGGAAAAUAUAUUCUUGUCCCGGAUUAUAAGAAGUAUUUUUGGCUUCUAGAGCACAUAGGCAAAUGAACUUGAUUUGAAACUAGAGCCAAAGGUCUCGAGUGCUGGUUAAUCAUUUAUUCAUCAGCUUCCUGUCAUGUUAAGAGAAUAUAUAAUAUGAAAAAGGUCAUUGUUUUAAACCUGGAAAUUUUCUUCAACUGAAAUCAACCAAAUUUUUAAUAUGUGAGUCCAUAUGUACGAUGUACAAGAUAUGUUUUAUACGAUACCAACUGACAUAACAUAAAGGAUUUAUCAUUCUCUAGAAUUGGUUUCUGCAAAACUUAUAUUGCUUUAGAAUUUUUAAAAUGCAACCUUUCACAAUGGCCAGCUCCCAGCGCUGACACAUUCACAGUGGAUGAUGAAACCUUCCACCACUGCCCAGCCCUCGGAAAGCGUGACUUAGUGAAAGGAGAGAUUCUCUUUUUAGGAAAAAUGAGCCUCCUGUUAUUGUUUUCUUUUUUUGACACAAACUGUAGAUUUUAGCAGCCCUGGCCCAAAGGAAUUUGAUUACUUUUGUUUUUUAAACAGUACAAAGGGGACACUAUAAUUACAAAAACACAUCCUUAACUGAUUUUAGUUGUUUUUUUAUUUUAUUUCCUUAGAUAAUGUUUUCAGAAUGGUAAAUUGUGUGUGAACAUUAUAAAUGAUGAUUCUUUUAGUGGUUUCUUAGCCUCUCUUACAGCCCAUGGGGAUAGUACUGUACAUCAAUACCUUCAUAUGAAAUUUUUAUAUGCAAUGGAAAUAAAAGCAUGGGUUGAUUCUGCCUA